GAUUUUUAAAAAUUUUCUUCAAUUAAAACAGAAGUUCUACGUUUUCAGGUAAAAGAUUUAAAAAAUGGAUAAGCUGGUAUUCAUUAUAAAGCCCCCCAUAUUUUUAUCAACAUUUGCUGAAACCUUCAAAAUAUUAACAGCCAAUUAUUCGCUUAAAGUUGACCAUGAAAAGUUAACAAGUGGUCCAGUAAAAGCAUUAAACGAUAAGAUCAAACUUGGAGAACUAAAAAAAGAUGAUGUUCAAUCAAAAGUGGCAAUACAACUUCAAAGGGUUUGUGAUAAGGUUGAAAAAUAUGCUCCGCCAUCUCAAGGUUUUCUAGGUAAAUUUUUUAAAUCAAAAAAACCAACUGCCCCCAAGGGUCUUUAUAUUUAUGGGGCUGUAGGAGGUGGUAAGACAAUGCUUAUGGAUUUAUUUUAUAACAAUUGUGAUGUUGAACUGAAAACUAGAGUACAUUUUAAUGCGUUUAUGGUAGAUGUACACAAAAAAAUGCAUGCCUUAAAACAACAAACGGUUGUGGACUACUCCACUAGAAAACCAAAACCAUUUGACCCAAUCCCUCCAGUAGCAGAUUCCAUUGCUGAAAAAUCAUGGCUAAUUUGUUUUGAUGAAUUUCAAGUAACUGAUAUUGCAGAUGCAAUGAUUUUGAAAAGAUUGUUUACACAUUUAUUUGAUAAUGGAGUUGUUGUGAUAGCAACCAGCAACAGACCCCCUGAAGAUUUGUACAAAAAUGGGUUGCAAAGAUCAAAUUUUGUUCCCUUUAUUAAAGUUCUAAAGGAUCAUUGUGAGGAAUCCCGCCUGGACUCUGGAAUUGAUUAUCGAGAAAGGGAAACUGGUGAAAAGACCAACUUUUUGGUAAAAUCAAAAUACAAAUUGGACCCUAUUAUCCCAAUAUUUAAGUACUUAAGCUCAAAGGAAAACGACGUUGUGCGCAGCAAAACAUUUAGAAUUCUGGAAAGAAAUGUAAUAUUCAGAAAAGUAUGUGGUGGCAUUCUAGACUCCACUUUUGAUGAACUAUGUGACAGGCCAUUGGGAGCAAAUGACUACCUUCAUUUAGCACAAUUUUUUCACACAAUUAUCAUUCGCGAUGUGCCUCAAAUAAAUCUAACCAAAAUGAAAUCACAAGCUAGGCGAUUCAUUACAUUAAUUGAUGCAUUGUAUGAUAACAAAAUAAAAGUUAUAAUUUCCGCUGACGCGCCCAUAAAACAACUAUUUGUAGUAGAAAAUAAACAGAAUGAUGAUAUCAGUGAUGAGCACAGAAUGUUGAUGGACGAUCUAAAAUUGGGAGUAGGGGAUGCAACUGCCAAUGUCUUUACAGGAGAUGAGGAAAUAUUUGCCUUUGAUAGAACUAAAUCAAGGUUAACUGAAAUGCAAAGUGAGGAUUAUUGGGCCAAAAAAGGUUUUAAAGGUCAAUAAAAUAAUUCCCAUUUUGCUUAUGUAUUCAGUAUUUAAACCAAUGUUGUUUUCUUUAAUUAAUCAGUUAAUUAAUCUUUUGUAUAUAUAAUUUGUGUUUAUUUUAAUAAUUGAAGGGCAUUUGUACCUGGUAUUUUAAUAAUUAAUAUUAAAGUGUUACCCAUGUACCAAAUAUUUUAUUUUGACAAAAAAAGUUAUUAUAUUUUGAAGUUAUUGGAAGCAAAGCUUCGCUUUGUUACAUCACACAUGAUCUUAAAAUUUAUGAUAACAACA